AUGUAUCAUCGUGCAUACCCUUCCAUCCGUUCCGUUCCUUCAUCUUCCAACAUCCUCGGCACCACAAACACCAGCCCACGCCUAGCCCCAUUGCUUCCCCCCUCAGGGCUUCACGGUCUCUCACCUAAAUCAACUGGAUUACUUCUCAACCAGCAUCUGAACGCAGCUCUACCAGAAACAGCUCCGAAACAUCCAACAAUCUGCGGAAUGCCUCUGAAAUACGUAUCGCUCAUCACCCUCGCCGUUCAAAAUGCAACCUUGUCAAUUGUGAUGUACUACUCCCGCGUAUCGACACCUCCGCACCUGUCGUAUUCUCCUGCAGCAGCAGUAUUACUAUGCGAAAUACUGAAAGGUUCCAUAUCCUUCGUCAUUGCACUAUGGAGAGCACGGGACAUAUCAGAAUCUCAUUGGUCAUCCCGGAAUUCAUUCACCGGCCUCGUGCAAUUACUCUUUCCAUGGUCUGCGCCUUUCCGCCAAGUAUGCAGUGAGAUUUUCAGCCCUGAUUGUUGGAAGUUGUCCAUACCAGCUGUCCUUUACGUCGUGCAGAACUCGUUGCAGUUCGUUGCUAUCAGUAAUCUGCCCGUGGCGUCCUUUCAGGUGGCAUAUCAGAUGAAGAUCCUAACCACUGCGGCGUUCUCAGUCAUUCUCCUCCGGAAAACGCUAUCUUCGACGAAAUGGUUGUCGUUGUUUUUCUUGGCGAUUGGCGUUGGUAUUGUCCAGGUGCAGACGACUGCAUCGAAUAGCGGGAUGCGGGAGAUUCGCGUGGGGAGCGCGCAUGAUGCGGCGCCUCUCCACAUCCAUAUUAUGAGCCCACUGAAGGGCUUUGGUGCGGUCACCGCUGCCUGCUUUACAUCCGGUCUCGCAGGUGUCUACUUUGAGAUGGUGCUCAAGAACUCCAAGGCAGACCUGUGGGUGCGCAAUGUCCAACUCUCGCUCUUCUCCCUCCUCCCUGCCUUCCUCCCCAUCCUCUACGGCCCUGCGCAACCGCCUUCCAUGAGCUUCUUGAGUUACCUCUUCCGGAACUUCGGUGGAUGGGCAUGGGCCACGGUGGCAGUACAAGUCUUUGGUGGUUUGGUGACUGCUGUCGUGAUCAAGUAUUCAGACAAUAUCUUGAAGGGAUUCGCGACGUCACUAUCUAUCAUUCUCUCUUUCCUCGCCUCCGUCGUGCUCUUCGACUUUCACAUUACCCCUUCCUUCAUCAUCGGAGCUUCUACGGUGCUUGCAGCGACUGCCAUGUACAAUCAGCCCGCGUCGCCUGAGACCAAGAUAGCGUCCGCAAUUAGUGGCGGCUCAAAGCCAUUUUCAGAUGCCCCUUUAGGCCCUGAUGAUCCCAUAAUAGGCCAGUUCCCAUCACAGAAGAGGUCGUCACCGUUUGGAAGCCCCCGAGCUAUCGCUAGUGCUCUGGGCCUUGCAGAAAAGCCCUCGAGCAUGGUCGAGAGCGACUACUUCUCCGACAUGGAAUCCACCUCGCGAUACCUCAAUGCACCAUACGGUUCUCCCUUUCCCUCACGUACGCCCACACCCAGGCCCGAAGAGCGGCUGUAA